CAUCUCUACCUGAUCCUCUCCUUCUUCUUCUCUUCUACUUCCUCUUCUCUUCUAAUCCACAAUGGCCUCCCUCGAAGACGCUAUCCCCCUCGAAAUCAUCGACCCCACAAACAUCCUCCUCCGUCGCCUCGAGUCAUGGCGCCAUGUAACCUCCAUGCUCGAGGACUACGUCGAGGCCCACCGCGUCCUCUACCACAACCAGGCCCGCGACUACGAGAAGAUCUCAAAGGCCGUCCUCGAAGCUCCUCACUUUGACGCCGUCGAGACCCCCGCCGAUCUCUCCUCCACCGCCUCCAUCGCCCCCUCCGAACCCGCCGCUCCCGCCCUCUCCACCGCCCCCACCGCGGCCACCACCACCGCAACAAACCCCGCCACCCGCGAAGGCAUCUCCGGCGGCUUCUUCACUCUCCGUGAGAAGUCCGAGGCCCUCAUCAACGCCGCAAACGAGGCCGAGCACAACAUCAAGAGCUCUGUCGUCCCCCACGUCGAGCGUCUCUCCCACGACGUCAAGGAGCACAUCAAAGGUCUCAAGUCCACCGGCCUCAAGGGCGUCAAGGAGGUCGAGCGCGCCCGCGGCCUCACUCAGAAGCAGAUCGAGGCCCUUGGCCAGUACUCGUCCUCGUUCGGAGUCUUCUCUGGCAAGGCUGAGCCCCUGAAAGAUCCCUACGUCAUCAACCGUGCUAUACUCAUGCACCUCGAGAGCCAGAUCUCAAAAGAGAACGCCCAGACCGACUCGCUGCUCACCAUCCAGAAGGACUUCAAGACCUUCGAGGCCCACGUCGUCAGCGGCAUCCGCCAGGCCUUCACCCUCAUGGAUCAGGUCCAGAACACGUUCUGGGACUUCCAGCGCCAGGCCUACGGCGCAAUCACGCAGUCCUUCCUCGCCAUCCCCGACGAUCUCGAGUGGAACCAGUUCUGCACCGCAAACAAGGACGUCCUCGCCGACGAGUCCGUCCCGAAGCGCUCGAUCGACCGCGUGCGCUACGCAAACAUGAACCACGAGUCCACCAUCCCUCUCAUCGAGGGCGUUCUCCAGCGCAAGGGCACAAUGACCCUUUCCAAAGCCUACAACUCGGCAUACUACGUCAUCACCCCGUCAAAGUACAUGCACCAGUUCGCCUCCAAGGAUUACAACCAGAGCACAGAGCCCGAAUGGUCGCUCUACCUGCCCGACGCAAACGUCGGCGCCCCCUACGCACAAGAGACCGGAAAGAACAAGUUCAAGAUCACCGGUCGCGACGCGCUCGGUACCAUCACCCGCAAGCACACUUUCGAGUUCAAGACCUCGACCUACGACGACCUGCAAAAAUGGUGGCAGAUCAUCCACGAGGUCGCUACCUCCGGCAACACCCCUCUUUCUCCCAGAGGAACAAUGAGCUCGACCGCGAGCUCCGUCGCGCCUCCUACCGCCGCCAGCGUCUUCUCCGCCGCCCCCGCUUCCGAGGUCGCCGCAUCUGAGGCCCCUGCGUCUGCCAUCCCUGUCGCCGGCACCCCUCUUGCUCCCUCGACUGUUGCCCCUGCGGCCUCCACCGUCGCUGCCGCUUCCCCUACCGAGGUCGCGGCCGCCGAGUCGCCCGUCAGCGAAAUUUCCGAGUCCGCCGCCCCGCCAACCGAGGUCGCGACGGCGAUCCCCACCGAGCCUGUCGCUACGCCUGCGCAUGAAUACGUCGAUGCUCAAGACAUUGUCGAUAACGUUACCCCUGACGACUCGGUUUCCCAAGUCUGGAGGGCGUAGUUGCUUCUCUUUUUGUUUUUUUUGUCAGUUUUUGUUAAUUCUUCGAUGUCUCUAUUCACGAGCCAACGCUGUAAUAUUAUCUAAUGGUUUUGAUUUUUUUGUUUCAUCUGUCUUAAUACGGUCAAUUAAUGAUCUUGUAACAUUCCUCUAUUAGUUUAGUAAUAUUAUAGUACACAACCACAACCAGCA